GUGAAUCGGCUCAGUAUAUCGCCAUCUUGAGCAAGUGUUUUGGAAAGGAACCUGAUACUCGAGUUAACUUUCCAAAUUGUCCACUAUGGCAUCCAAAGAUGAACUCUUGCAGAAGGCCAAGUUUAGCGAGCAGGCUGAACGGUAUGAUGAUAUGGCCAGGGGCAUGAAAGCACUUGUACAAAUGUCGGAAGAACUUUCAAACGAGGAACGGAACCUGCUCUCGGUUGCUUACAAAAAUGUCGUAGGUGCACGUCGCUCAUCUUGGCGUGUGAUUUCAAGUAUUGAAAACAAAAGCGCCGAGGGUGAUAAGAAGACACAAAUGGCAAAAGAAUACAGACAGAAAAUAGAAGAGGAGUUGAAACAAAUUUGUGAGGAAGUCUUGAGUCUGCUUGAUGGGUCACUGAUUCCAAAGGUGAAUGGAAACAAUGGCCACGAAGAGAGUGUCGUGUUCUACAUGAAGAUGAAGGGAGAUUACUAUCGCUACCUAGCUGAGGUCAGCCAGGGCAGCACUCGGGAUGAGGUGGUUGAGAAAUCUAAUGAGGCAUAUGGUGAGGCGAUGAAAAAGGCCAGUGAAGGACUGACUAAAACACAUCCCAUCCGGCUAGGGCUAGCACUUAACUACUCCGUGUUCCACUACGAAAUUAAAAACAACCCGUCAGAUGCAUGUAAUCUCGCCAAAAAGGCAUUUGAUGAAGCAAUUGCUGAACUAGACACAUUAAAUGAAGAUUCCUACAAAGAUAGUACAUUGAUAAUGCAGCUGCUAAGAGAUAACCUAACACUUUGGACGUCGGAUGCUCAGAAUGAGGAACAGACAGAAGAUAACAACUGAUGGCGGGGCAAUGUUGCGCUUUGUUUGUCUUUUGUUGGCCAGUGGGUUGCGCCAUUUUUACCAUUAGGACAUUAUACUGCAUUGUUAAUCACACAGUCUACCCAGGAUGCUUGCCUUCCUGUAUUACAGUAAUUACUCUGUGUUUUGGGACACUUAGGUCUCAGAAAUGGGUCUCAUAAUGCUUUUUUUAACCGUGACAUUAAUGACUCACAUGUUCAUGAUCUGAUUUGUUGAGAUGUUUUUCAUUAUGAAAUUUAAGUCUGCAUGGGUAUCACUUGAUAAAGCAAUUAAAUAUUGAUAAAGAGUAAUCUCUUAAUGUGUAUGAUUGUAUGAAAAUUGUAAUAAACAAAUUCACUUACAAUUCAUGCUUAUAAAUGUAAUGUUGAGCCCUGACAAGUCGUAUAUUUAGUGUGUUGCUUGAAAUGUUAAGUGUCCUGGUACAUAGUGUAAUGACUUGUUCUUUGCGGGUUUUUUUUGCAAACUGGGUAUUUUCUUAUCUUUUCAUUCAAAUCGAUAGGAAUUGUUUUUCAUUUUGUUAGGUUGUUUAAGUUAAUGGCUGUCCCUUGCUUUUGAUUUUUUAAAGAACAGAAUGGACGUUUAUGAAGAGUUCUACAUCAGUACAUAUUCUAAAUAUAUGGAAUUAUAUUAUUUGUGUCAAGUGUAUCUACAUGGCAGGUGUGAAAAUAAGCAUACAUUUUUUAUCAAAUCAAUGUAUGAAAUACAGUACUGUUGUUUAAGGUAUAAAUAUAUGUAUGUUUAACACAAUAACAUUGCUGUAUUGGAAACAGUAUGGUAACAGAGAAUCAAUGACACUAAAAAGUAUUUUAGGAAUAGCAUUAGGAAAACAUACUGAUUCUUAAUUUUUUUUUAAAUUGUUAAACAAUUGAAAUAUAGUGGUAGUGGUGUUAGGUCUUUGAAAAGAUGCUGUGAUAGGUAAACGUAAUUACUAUUAAAUAACUAGUUUGUAGAUGACUUCUACUCUUUACUCUAGAUGCUAUUAAUGCUGAAGAAAUGAUUAUUGUCAUAAAAUAGAUUUAAAUUUGUGUGAAAGAUAGUGAUUUUAUAAUCAUGGUAAUGAAUGUUAAGGUUAGUUUUGCUGCUCAGAGAAAGGUACAUUUACAACAGAACAGAAUAAUUACCAACAUUUUGUGUAGGCCAGGUUAUUUUCUUUUUAUUUUCAAAUACAUACAUGUACAUGUACAUUUGGCAUGAUGGGGGAAAAGAGUAAAAAUUAAUCAACAAAUGCGUACUUUUUGACAAUUUUUUACAUCCUCUUGGACUAUUCUGAAUAAAAAUGCUUCUUAGAAUUCACUGCUGAUGAUACUCUUAUUAUGUAUGUAUUUGUCCAAACAUAAUAUUCCUGCACUUUACCCAUAACAUAAUCUUGACCGGUACAACAGAGAAUCUGUAUUCAUUCAUAUGUGUGUAGUUUUGUCCCAAGUUAAUGUGUUCGUUUUUAAGCCAACGUUGUGGUAUUGUAUUGCAUUAAGAACCUAGGGUCAACGUGCUCAAAUGCUUGAGACCAGUGUUUUUUAAAAUUUAAAUGUUUAACUUGAUAUUUGUACCCCACUGGUGUGCUUGUGCUUAUUUCGACCAUGGCGGCAUGCACCCAUUGUAUUAGUGCUUUGAAUAUUUUAUAUGGUUGAAUAAUUAAGCACUAGUCAUGUUUGCCAUACAAGACAUCGUAGUCUAGUCUGUUGAGUGUAUCAAGUGGGCUAUAAGCCUUUUAAUAUGAGGACUGAUAUUCCUAUCAUGGAUCUCAAUGAACUGAUUUAUCAGUUGAGGGAGAAACUGGGAUAAUUAUCUUGUAAAUGAGAUACUGAUAUGGGUUUGAGAUAUGUACUGAUAACAACUUCUUCCAUUUGCUUAGCUUACAAGUUAUAGUAACAAAUACUAAAGAAUUAUAAAACAAGAAUAGAUUUGUUAAUGAAGUAUUUGAUGGUUAACAUUUUAAAAUGUAGCUCUUGGAUCAAUAGAUGACAUUACUUUGUGACAGUUGUGGUAUAAAUAGAAAAUAAACAGUAGGUGUGCACAGCAGAAUAUAACUUCAUGUUAUGCUUUUAAAGUUUUUGUGAACUGAGAGUGAAUGAUUGAGUAUUAUGUUUGCUCUUGUGAUUUAAUGUUGUUAUGUAUUCAACAUUUCAAUGUGAGGCUGUUUAAUGUAUGAUUUUGUAUACUGUUUAAUACUUAAUUUUUGGAUUAAAUGUACUGCUGUGAAUCUGAUAAUAUAAAACAAUAUGUGAGACUAAUAGUUAAUGGCUAUUGGUAUAGCUACAGAAGAAAGAAAACUAUUUACUUCAAUAGCUUUAUGCUUAUUACUUCCGGCCGACUGUAUAAAUAUUGAAGCAAUUUGACCGACACUUCACUUAAAGUUUUAAUUUUUGAAACACCACGUUAUUUUAACACAACAUGUAGAUUGCAUAUCUCAAAAAAUCCUACCAAAUUAUUACUACUGCUAGUUCAAGGAUUAGUUAAAUAAAUUGUUGUCUAAGUGUAUUAUCUAAAGUUGACCUAUGAAAGUGUAUAAUCUAUUAAAGUAAUUACCUGCCUAUUAUUUUAUCCCCACCAAGUGCUAUACAUGUUUAUGUUGCGAUUUUUUUAAAAUGAUGAUUUCUUAAUACAGAUCUGAGCAACAUAAACACGUUCUGUAUCGAGUUUACCCUCGGAUUCUGAAAGGUGUUAUAAGUCAAUUAAUAUAGCAUUUUUGAUUUAAUAACAGCAGUAUGUGUGUCUGCCUUUCAAUAAAUCAAAAGCUGUUGUUA